ACGUGUCUACACUUGAUGCAAUCACCUGUGGAAUCCCAGCCAGCCCGACGCCUAGGAAACGUAAACGCUCGCUUGUCCACAGACAGUAUUGCCAAAACCAUGGGUGCACCUAUAACAAAUUGUCCGUGGAACUUCUCCUGGGUCGUCCCCAACGAGCUGGCAGCGAUGGCAUGGCCCCAGACGACCUCCAAUAUAGAAUACCUCCUGCUGCAAGGUAUACGGCAUUUAGUAACUUUGUCCCCUGAGAAAAUCCCUCCCGUUGCCACGUUCCCCCAGAUGGGCUGGACCAGGAUCGACGUGGAAGAGUUCGAAGCUCCCACUCUUCAGGACAUCAUGACGUUUAUAGCCGUUUGCGAGGAGAGUAGGAAGAAGAAUCAGGCUGUCGGUGUGCAUUGUCGCAUGGGAAGAGGCCGAACAGGUGUUAUGGCAGCUUGCUAUCUGGUCCAUUUUCAGGACGUUUCACCUGAAAAAGCCAUUACAACGGUGAGACUUCAGCGACCCGGAUCGGUCGAAACUACUGAACAAGAACGAGCAGUCUUGCGAUAUCGCGACUACUUGAGAGGUACUAAACUGGCUGAAAUGUAAGCCCGGGGGAUGAUGCUGAAAAAUAUGAUUUGCUCUUUACGUCGAAAAAUAAAAUUUACGAAUGUGUUUGUUCGGAACGGCCGAAGAGAUGUGAUGCAUUUAUUUAUUUUUUUUCCAAAUAAAGUUAUGUUGGUGA